AUGCUCGGCGAGUUGGCGAUUCUGCCCGGCACUAUGCCCGGCGAGUUGGCGAUUCUGCCCGGCACUAUGCCCGGCAAGUUGGUCUGGCUGACGGUCCUCUUCAUCUUCCGGAUCCUGGUCCUGGGGUCGGCGGCGGAGAAGGUCUGGGGGGACGAGCAGUCCGGCUUCACCUGCGACACCAAGCAGCCCGGCUGCCAGAACGUAUGCUACGACCGGACGUUCCCCAUCUCGCACAUACGCUUCUGGGUCCUGCAGAUCAUCUUCGUGUCCACGCCGACGCUCAUCUACCUGGGGCACAUCCUGCACCUGGUGCGCAUGGAGGAGAAGCAGAAGCAGAAGGAGAAGUUGCGUCAGAGCAAGGGGGACCCCCAGGGGGACCGGCAGCCGCUCCUGGAGCCGCCGAGGCCCGCCAAGCCGUCUGUGAAAGAUGACAUGGGCAAGGUGCGGCUGCGGGGGGCGCUCCUGCGGACUUACGUCUUCAACGUCCUCUUCAAGACGUUGUUCGAGGUGGGGUUCGUCGUGGCGCAGUACUUACUGUACGGGUUCCAGCUGCAGCCCUUGUACACGUGCAGCCGGUGGCCUUGCCCCAACACGGUGAACUGUUACAUCUCCCGGCCCACCGAAAAGACCAUCUUCAUUUUAUUCAUGUUGGCCGUUGCGUGCUUGUCGCUUCUGCUCAACCUCAUCGAGAUCUACUACCUGGGGUUCACCAAGUGCAGGCAGGGGCUGACCGGGUCCCGCCGGGAAGCCGUGCCGAGACCACCGGCCAAGGCGGGAAGUAUCACGCACACGCACAUCAUCCCUCACUACACCCACUUCAGUCCUCCCGAGAAAGGGUCCAGCUUCAACAGCCCCCUGCCCUUCCCCCUCUCCCCCAAAAAAAACACGACGGCCGCCAUUGACAGCAGCCAGGCCGCCCGGAUGCAGAACAGGGAGAACCAAGCGGCGGAACGCAACGGCAUCGGUGACCUGAACGUGGCGUCCGAGAGCGGCAGCGACUUAGACCAGGCCGAGCGCCAGAGGCUACCGAGCCGGAACAGCAGGCAGAGUAGCACCAGAUCACGGCCCGGGGCUCUCGCCGUGUGA